AAACGACUCGUCUGAGGACGCAGAGCCAAUCGCCGAGUUGAGUGGGCUGGGCUGAGGGCUAAUCGAAGGAGUUGGCAAAAAUUAAAAAUGGCGCCCAGCUCGAAAUCUGAAAAAGACGACAAACAAAAACAACAGAAGAAACACAAAUAUCAUAUCAUCAAACUCCUCACGCGUGGACAGCUAAACGGGCAGAUCUCUCAGCGGCUGUUUCGGAAACUUCCCCCGCGUGUCUACAUCCCUCUGAAGACCAUCGUCAGCGAGGAGUUCCUCAGAGCCGGGCACGUCUUCUUGGGCUUCACUAAGUGUGGCCGUUACAUUCUGUCCUACACCAGUGACUGCGGAGAAGAUGAUGACUUUUCCUUCUACACCUAUCACCUGUACUGGUGGGAGUUUAACCUCCACAGCCGCCUCAAACAGGUGCAUCAUGUGCGUUUGUUUACGGGGGAAGAUAUCUACAGCGACCUGUAUUUAACUGUGUGUGAGUGGCACAAUGAUCAUUCCAAGCUGGUUAUCUUUGGCUUCAACACGCGGAGCUCAAGUACAGCGCUGAUGAACAUGAUGAUGAGUGAUGAGAACAACAGGGACAUUUACAUCACCAUCACCUCCAUGCCUCCAGAGAAACCCUGCAAGCAGUGCUGCCCCACCUCCUCCAUAUCCACCAUACGCACAGGUGGCGAGUGUCUGCAGCAUGGGUACGUCCUGAACGCCCGCUAUCAGGUGGUUUACCCCUUUCCCACGUUCCAGCCAGCCCUCCAGCUGAAGAAGGAUCAAGUGAUUCUAUUGAACACCAGCUACUCUCUGGUGGCCUGUGCCAUCUCGCUCUGCUCAGGAGAUCAACAGCAGGACAGUCAGAAUAAUCAGAUUCUGUACAGGAAGAGAGAACCUUUAUCAUCUCCACCCGCUGGACUGACAUCGCCAUCUUCAACAUCAUCUGCCUCAUCUCAGGGGUCACCCGACCCCAGACACCUAAAACCUCACAUCGCUACUCUCUCUCCCGGCCAAUCACAGGCCGCCGUGCGGGCCAGAGAGUUCGCCGCUGACAUUUUCCGCCGAGCUCAAGCAGGUGCGAAGACGACUGACCACGACAGAUGCAAAGCCAAAGAAAAGGCAGAGGCAGGCACCCACCGCUCGCCUAGAGAACGAGACACGGAGGUCCCAGGACCUUCAACUUCCUCCUCUGGGCGAAGCAGGAGUUUAGCUCCGCCCACAGAGCCAGAGGACACCGCGUUGUGUAACAGAGUCAUGUCUCCCACCUCGUCUCUCUCCUCCCUGUCUCCUCGUGCCCCUGAACCUUCCUCCUCCUCAGAGCCCGCUUACGUCAACUACACAACUCUCAGAUACAGACUGCAGCAGCCCACCGCGGCGGAGCAGCCAAACGGAGAAGAGGAUGAUAAAGUUCAGCUUCCCUUCACCGUGACCGAUCUGAAGGGACGAAACUUACAGCUGGUGACAGGACAGUACAGCGGACAGUGUGUGUGUAUCGAGCAGCUGACGCUGGAUUUUGAAUAUUUGAUAAACGAGGUCAUCAGGAAUGAUGCGGAGUGGGGGGGGCAGUUCUGCUCUUUCAGUGACUAUGACGUCGUCAUCCUCGAGGUUUGCCCCGAGACGAAUAUUGUGGUGAUAAAUAUUGGCUUACUGUUGCUGGCCUUCUCUAAUUGUGAGGAUGAGCACUGCAGACCAAAGUCGUUUCACUCCAGUCUGCAAGUGAGCUGGGAUUUAAACACAGGAGCGUGCCGCACGGUGGGCGUGGGUGACCUGACAGAGGUCAAAGGCCAAACCAGUGGAAGCGUGUGGAGCUCGUACAGGAAGUCCUGUGUGAAUACAGUCAUGAGGUGGCUGGUCCCAGAGAGCAGCUCACGCUACAUCAACCGCAUGACCAAUGAGGCUCUCCACAAAGGUUCUUCUCUUCAGGUGUUAGCUGAUAAUGACAGGGGAACAUGGAUUGUUCUCUGAGCAAAAAACGACAAUGAACACCCUAACUGUUCCAUCAAUGCUGCUCUGCUGUAGGACACAAGGCCUGAAGAAACAGUGUCAUACGCCUGCUAGAUUUCAACAAUCGCCAUUCAAAUGCAAAAAAACUGGUUUAAUCCCCUGAAACAUCCUUGUUCAUUCUGAAGUCUUCCAGUUAAAUUUAUAAACUUGUUUUUUAAUGUUAGCCGUAAUGAAAUGAGGUUCUUGUUGAAAAUGGGAUUUGUGAAGUUAUUAUAAGAGGAUGAUCCGUCUUUUUUAGUUGAUUUUGUUUGUUUGUUUCAGGAUACAGUUGUUUACGUUUUUUUUAAAACAUGAAGAGGCCAAUCACAGCUGUAGACCCUCCCUCUUUUUGUUAAAUACUGGUCAUGGCCUCACAGCUGGAUUGGAUGAGAAUGUCGUUUUUACUCGACAUUAUUUUAUUUUUUAUACAAUUAAAUCUUUCUUCUAUA